AUGUUGGAGCCUCAACAGUCACAGCCACAGGCGCCGUCUCCCCAAGAUGAAGCUUCAAACGAGAAAGCCGCGAUUGGUGCCCGUCUUGAGCCCGUCGAGACAGGGGCCUCGUAUGUGCCUCCCGCCAUGGGAACUCUCCAGAGACGUCUAGUGGUUCUAUCCCUUUGUCUGACCCUCUUCCUCUGUGCUCUCGAUACGACCAUUCUUUCUACAGCUCUUCCUACUAUCGCCACGGACCUUCAUGUUUCUGCCCGCGAGUAUGCCUGGAUAGGCUCCUCCUAUACUCUUUCUACCACGGCGGUGACGCCAGUGUGGGCAAAGGUCUCUGAUAUCGUUGGUCGCAAGCCGUGUAUGAUGACUGCCACAGGUCUUUUCAUGGCUGGAAGUCUGAUCUGUGCCUUGGCAAACUCAAGUGGGAUGCUCAUCGGUGGAAGAGUGGUGCAAGGUCUCGGUGGUGGCGGUUGCAUGAUUCUGAUCACUGUUCUUAUCGGAGAUUUAUUCCCCCUGAAAGACCGUGCCAAGUAUUACGGUAUUACAGGUCUUGUAUUUGGUAUAGCUGGAGCAGUAGGACCAGUUCUUGGUGGUGUAUUCUCCCAAGCUGUUACUUGGAGAUGGUGUUUUUAUAUCAACUUGCCUUUCGAGGGCGCUGCCUUGAUCGGACUCUUCUUCAUGCUCAAAGUCAACAUUGAAAAGGAGCCUCUCGUCGACGGACUGCGCAGCCUUGACUGGGCUGGUUUUGCGUUCAUCAUCGGCGGAACUAUCUGUUUCUUAUACAGUCUCGAAGCCGGCUCUGGUGGUCUCGCACCAUGGAAUUCGGCCCUUGUCAUCUGCCUGUUGGUCUUUGGGGUACUAAUCCUAGCCCUAUUCAUGGUCUGGGAGGCCAAGGUCGCCAAGAACCCCAUCAUUCCCAUUCGCAUUUUCCAAAACAGAAGCAACCUCGCAGCCUUCGCCGUGGCUAACUUACACUCCUUUAUCUUCAUCUCCUACGAUUACUUCCUACCACUCUACUUCCAGGUCAUUCUUGGCUUUUCUCCCAUCAUAUCCGGACUAACACUGUUCCCGUUGAUCCUCCCCAUGUCUGUAUCGACCGCCCUUGGAGGAAUUUUCGUAAGGAAAACAGGAAACUACAAAAUCGUGAUCUUGAUCGGUGCCACUCUUAUGACUUUGGGAACUGGUCUUUUCAUCAGUCUAGGACAGCGAAAGGAAUGGGCCAAGAUGGUGAUCUUCGAGGUCAUUGCAGGCCUGGGCUGCGGUGUCCUCUUCCAGAACCCCAUGAUAGCAUUGCAAACCCAUGUUCAUCAGAGGGAUAUGGCUGCCACCAUGUCGGCCUAUACCUUCAUGCGCGGUCUUUUCGUUUCUGUAUCGAUAGUUGUCGGAACUGUCCUGAUCCAGAGAACCGUUCGCGAUGGCAACUUGACCUCUGUGUCCGAUGAUAAGGAACAGGGCGAUACGGAUAAGCAAGGAUAUGUCAACGGCUUAAGGAUCAUGUGGGCAUUCUACACCGCGCUGUGUGCACUCAUGGUUGUGUCAUCUGUCUUUAUUCGCCCGAAGCCAAAGAAGGUUGAAGUGCCCAGUGAGACUGGCAGUGAACUGCAGCAAAGCGACGAGAAGUGUUGA